AUGAAGCUUGUGGUUCGUGUGAUUGAGGCAAAAAACUUGGUGUGUUUGGAUUCAAAUGGGUUGAGUGAACUAUAUGUGCAGUUAAAGGUUGGAAAACAAAAGUUUAAAACAAAGGUGAUAAAGAAUUUGACACCAAUUUGGGAUGAACAAUUCUGUUUUUGUGUUGAUGACCUUAAAGAAAAACUUAUUGUCUCUCUCAAGGAUAUGAAGGAUGAAGAGAAGUUCAUUCAUAAUAAUCAUUUGGUUGCAAGACUUAAACUCCCGAUUUCACUUGUUUUCGAAGAGGAUAGUAAAUCCCUCGGCGACGCUUGGUAUUCGUUGAAAUCCAAGAAGAAGAAGUUCAAGAAUAAGGAGGGUGGUGAGAUUCAUUUGAGUAUAUUAAUUUCUCAAACUCAUGCAUCGACGGAAUCAUAUGCUUCCAGUGAUCAGUUUUCACUUUCAAGAAAAUCUACUGGUGAUCAGUUAUCACUUUCAAGAAAAUUAUCGGAUGCGGUUACCUGUUCUCCUUCACAAUCGUCCAAUGGGCGUUCGAACUCGUCUUCGCCUGUAAGGGAAGAAAUUACUGCUUCUAAGGAUGAGAAAAGUUCACAAAAAACAUUUGCCAGCCGACUUGCUCAAAUAUUUAAUAAAAUUUCUGACACCCCUUCGGUUUCACCUAAUAUAAACAUGGACUAUGACUUACCGGAGACGGAUAAAGUUGAAGUUGCUGAGACCAAAACGGAGGACCAGGCCUCUGAUGAAACUUUUGAAGAAGUUGUUCGAAAAAUGCAGUCUGCAGAUCAAGAAAGUGAAAUUCCUAACAACUUACCCGGAGGGGUUCUUAUCGAUCAAUUAUAUGUUAUUGCAACAGAAGACUUGAAUGUAUUACUAUUUUCACCUAGUUCAACUUUUACCAAGUCAGUAUCGGAAGUACAAGGUACUACAGACGUGCAAGCGGGUCCUUGGAAGUUAGAGAAUGAGAAUAGAACCUUGAAAAGAUCGCUUACUUACAUCAAGGCCGCCACUAAAUUAAUGAAGGCUCUUAAAGCCUACGAGGAACAAACGUAUUUGAAAGCUGAUGGGAAGAACUUUGCGGUUCUGGCAAGUGUUAGCACUCCAGAUGUUAUGUACGGAAGCACGUUCAAGGCGGAAGUACUUUACGUGAUCACUCCUGGACCAGAGUUGUCAUUAGAAGAACAAUGUUCACGACUUGUGAUAUCGUGGAGAAUGAAUUUCAUACAAAGCACCAUGAUGAAAGGAGUGAUAGAAAACGGAGCUCGACAAGGUAUGAAGGAAUCCUUCGAUCAGUAUGCCAUUUUGUUAUCUCAAACCGUUAAGCCUGUUGACUCAAAGGAUCUUGGUUCCACCAAGGAACAGGCUUUAGCGUCGUUAAAGGCAGAGCCUCAUUCAGAAUGGAAGUUCGCAAUGCAUUAUUUCGCUAAUUUCACGUUCAUCUCAACUUUCUUAAUGGGCUUGUAUGUUCUUAUCCACAUCUGGUUGGUUACACCAACCACGAUUGAAGGGCUCGAGUUUUCUGGACUUGACUUGCCAGAUUCGAUAAGUGAAUUUGCUGUUUGUGCUAUUUUAACUCUUCAAGGUCAACGCAUGUGGGGUUUGAUCUUGCGUUUCAUGCGAGCUAGAUCACGAAAAGGUAGUGAUCAUGGAAUUAAAGCACAAGGAGAUGGAUGGCUACUAACCGUGGCCUUACUCGAAGGAAGCAAUAUGCCGGCUAUUGAUUCAAGCAGACUUUGUAAUCCAUAUAUUGUUUUCACUUGCAAUGGGAAAACAAGAGGUAGCUCAAUCAAGUUCCGCAAAUCCGAUCCUUUAUGGAAUGAAAUAUUUGAAUUCGAUGCAAUGGAUGAGCCUCCAUCUGUGUUGGACGUGGAAGUUUAUGAUUUUGACGGACCCUUUGACGAACCUCAAUCUCUAGGACAUUCUGAAAUCAACUUCCUUAAAACAAACAUAUCGGAUCUUGCUGAUUUAUGGGUGACUCCCGAAGGAAAGUUACCUCUCGCAUGCCACACUAAAUUGCACUUAAAAAUUUUCUUGGACAACACUAGAGGCGGGAAUGUUGUAAAACACUAUAUAAGUAAAAUGGAGAAAGAAGUCGGAAAGAAGAUUAAUUUGCGAUCUCCUCAAACAAAUUCAGCCUUUCAGAAACUCUUCAGCCUUCCACCGGAGGAAUUUCUCAUCAAUGAUUUCACCUGUCAUUUGAAAAGAAAAAUGCCCCUACAGGGUCGUCUAUUUGUCUCAGCAAGAAUAAUUGGAUUUCAUGCAAAUUUGUUCGGACACAAGACAAACUUCUUUUUGCUUUGGGAAGACGUUGAAGACAUACAGAUUGUUCCUCCUACAUUCUCAUCAAUGGGCAGUCCAAUAAUAGUCGUAACUCUUCGUCAAGGGAGAGGCGUGGAUGCAAAACACGGCGCAAAAACGCAAGAUGAGCAAGGAAGACUCAAGUUCCAUUUCCAAUCUUUUGUAUCUUUCAAUGUUGCAAACAGGACUAUCAUGGCACUCUGGAAGGCGAGAUCUUUGAGUUUCGAACAAAAGGUCCAAUUAGUCGAAGAGGACCCUGAAAACGAAAGUGUUACCAGCGAAGAGAGUGUAACAUUAAUUGGCAGCGAAGUUAGUAUGUCCGAAGUUCAUUCUUGUGCUCUUCAAGUUCCUGCCAGUUUCUUUAUGGAGCUAUUCAGUGGAGGUGAGUUGGAUUGUAGGAUCAUGGAAAAAUCUGGUUGUGCCAGUUAUUCUUAUACCCCUUGGGUAUCCGAGGACAACAAUGUCUAUGAAAGGGCGGUAUAUUACAAAUUUGAAAAACGUAUUUCACGUUAUAAAGUCGAAGUAACGAGUACUCAACAAAAAUCUCUCUUGGAUGGAAAUGGUUGGCGUUUGGAAGAAGUAAUGAACUUUCAUGGAGUUCCUCUCGGUGAUUAUUUUAAUUUGCACCUUCGUUAUCAAAUUGACGAGUUAGUCCAAAAGGCCAAGGGAUGUAAAGUUCAAGUAUUAUUUGGAAUUGAAUGGUUGAAAAAAACAAAACAUCAGAAAAGGAUCACGAAGAACCUUUUAAAAAAUCUACAAGAACGAUUGAAGUUGACAUUUAGUUUAGUUGAGAAAGAGUUUUUGGAAAAAAUAGGAAAUCGAGCUAAUAGUCUCACAACAUCAUGA